GAACUGCUCGAUCAUUGUGCCUGAUAAGAUUGCAAAAAAAGAAAGAAGUGCGAUUCCCCAGUCGGUCACGCGGCAUGUUUCAUCGUCAGCUGCCCAAGUCCCAAGUCAGUCGGUCGUUGGCGAUCAACGCGGCGAGGUGAAUUGCGUCGUGGGUUUCCACGUGUUUUGUGCGAUCGAGACAUAGCAGCGACAGCAGAUCUUCCAUGCCCGCGAAAAACGUGAAUUUGUCAGAGCGCUCAGUCUUCCUCGACAGCAAGGCACAUCGAGCGUUUAAGAAAAUGCCCAUCCUGUCCCAGCUGUCGCGCCGAUUUCACGACAUGUUGACAACGGAUGCAAAACCAGAUCCACCGCGAACCGAGAUCAAUAGCUACACACAUAAUCUUCCACAAAAUGCGGAAGACGAAGAAUUGACUAAAACGCAAUCGAAGUCGGUGCCCAGUACACCGGAAAAGGAGCAGAACGAUGUGUCGUCGAUGCGGAGGCAAAAAUCGAUGCCAAACGACGCGAGGCCGACGACACCCACCGAUUUUAAUUUUACAAAACUGGAAGACCUCGGCAACACAAGGUCGACAAGCGAGUCGAAGGAAUACAAACGAUCAAAGACGAAAACGAAACCGAAGUACAGCAAAUCUUCACAGGGCACGAGUAUUGUAAAUUACAACAUAGUCAAUUCCAAUGGAGUGAAGAUUGGCUCACGCACGAGUUACAUUUGCAAUGUAAAUCAGUACCCGACGAACAAUAACGCGGCGCAGUCUGAGACUUCCCAGUCGAAGCCCAAGUAUCGGCCGAUGCCUGAGAACGUGGAGGAAUUGAGCACGUGCAAGGAGGAGCUCGCGUUUGACGACAUGUUCAUUAUCAAGAUACACGUCGGGCAUGGAUGGCGGGACGUCGCGAGAAGACUCUCGUAUUCGGAUGGUCAGAUUGAACAGUUCGAGGAAAAUUACAGACACAAGGGUAUCGACGAGGUAAUCUAUCAGUUGCUGCUUGAUUGGAAGCAAGCCAACACACGGGAUGCUCAACUUGGCACGUUAGUUAGCAUACUGUGGUCAUGUCAAGAAUAUGAUUGCGUCGAGCGACUAGUUGCAGCUCGCAAAGAUCCAUCUUAGUCGGACGCGGCAAAUUUCUGCCUAACACUUGUACAUACAUGUACGAAUAAUUGUGAUUUUUUUUACUAGUGAUAGCAUUCCAUUGUUUUUGUACAUACUAUAUUUUAUCGCGUAGUUUAGACACCUGGUAUAUAUACCACUCUGAUUGUGAAGGUCGUUCGCAUUCGCCUAUGUCGAAUCGGCCGUUAGGCCGAUUCGCAUUCAGCAUUUGAUUUCGCAUUGUACGGAAUAACAAUGAGUUCACGUUUCAAGCAGGAAUAUGAUCUGAUUAAUAAUAUCAGGAUAUUUAAAAAUUAACAUUAUUUUAUAUAAUGCACAUAUUAUACACGUAAUAUUUUAUGUGUAUGUACGAAUAUAUAUUCUUUUUAUAUUUUUUCCUAAUAUAUUCUGUAAAAUCUGGCAGGAAUAAAUAUGCAAUUUUUUAAGUAUUAUAUAUUUCUUUCAUAAAAGUCCAUACACAUUUGAAACACACAUUCAAAUCAAACGAUGCAUACAUCUACAUCUACAUCUAAUAUAUACAAUAAAUAUAACAUUUUAUCUUUA